UUUUUUUUUUUCUUUCGGUUCAAACUGAUUUAACAUGGACUUUCAUCCCAAUGACAGUGACAGUAGCAGUAGUAGUGAACCAUAGAAGACAAAGAGCUCUUGUCUGAAGCAGUGUAUCAUCCUAUGAGCUACAUACCGGAAAACCAAUGCCAACAGAACAAGAGAUCACCUCCCUCUUCUUCAAGAGCACUCUCAGACAUGCUUGAAACAAGAAAAUCCAUUCAACAUCGCCUGAAUAACAUUUAUUAUAGUCACCAUCCAGUCUAUAAGGACACCAUGAAUGUAGCUGCACUUACACAGCAGCACAUGGAUCGUGCCUCGCAAGUCCAUACAAACAAUACUGCUAAUGCACCUAUGGAUCAUCACAAAAAUACGUUAAUAUCUAUGAUGUCAAAAGCAAGACAAGUCAAGUUAAAAUACAGUAUUUACGAUUGUUCUUCUUAUUCGGGAUCUUAUCACCCACAGAACAUCAUUGUAAAUCAACCUACACAACAAGCCUCUAGAUGGUCAAGUGGACUGAAUGACCAUGAACAGUUUAUUACCAUCAAAUUCGAUAAACCCGUCAUUGCUCGUUCUGUCAUGUUUGGUAAAUUUCAUAAAGGACAUGUUUGUAACUUGAAAGAAUUUAAGGUCUAUGGUGGCGUGGAUCCAAAAGACGAUAUGAUUGAAUUGCUACAUCAUGGUUUAAGAAAUGAUACCGAACCAGAAACAUUUUCGUUAAAGUAUCAAUACAAAAACUUGAUUCUCCCCAUUAAAUACAUCAAAAUUGUGCCAUUGUCUGCUUUUGGUGCUAAUUUCAAUUACAGUAUUUGGUAUCUUGAAGUGCGUGGCAUCAAUGAACCAGCUGUGAUCCAAAGAUACAAAGAAACAGAAACAGUCCGCUUAUGCUUAAAAUACUUUCGCCAGAGAAAUAUGAUGGAUACGUUCUACUUUAUUAAAGACAAGACAGGUGUUGAAUUAGAACACCCUCUGUUAUCUCAACUACAUCAGUAUUUAGUGGUGGAGACUGAUUUUGAAGCAGCUGAGCGAGUGUUGCAACUAGCACAUCAUGAAUGUGAAAUCUAUCGAACUUAUUCAGACAAUGCAACCUAUAAACCUAUCUGGAGACAACUCAAGCCUCAAGAAAAGCAAGCGCCUGUUCCUAUGCCGAGAGGAGGACAUCAGAUGUGUAUUGAUGUAGAUCAUCAAAUGAUUUAUAUCUUGGGCGGUUGGGAUGGAAAGGAAGAUUUGUCUGAUUUUUGGUCGUAUGAUAUUCAACAAAAUCAGUGGAAACUGCUCAGUGAAGAUACGCAAAUUCAAGGUGGCCCAGGUCCUCGUUCAUGCCAUAAAUCUAUUUUUGUUUUAGGUAGAUACGUAGAGUCAUCGCAGGCAACAAAUGCAGCAGAAUCCUUGUGCUCCGAUUUUUAUCGUAUUACCAACCAUACAGCUUGUGAAGGUGGCCCUGAACUUAUAUUUGACCACCAAAUGUGUGUGGAUCCAAGUGGUGAGACACUCUAUGUAUUUGGUGGAAGAACAGUCAAUGGAGACACGACAGUACAAAACUACAGUGGUCUUUAUGCUUACCAUAUCAAAUCAAAUCAGUGGAAGCUUGUUAGAAAUGAUGAUACCAAGCCAACUUCCAAUUCACCUUCUACCUCUCCCCAUUGUCCACAAAAUGCGCCCUUGAAAUCUCGUGUAGGCCAUUCAAUGCUUUUUGAUCAGACGAAUCGCUCCCUCUAUGUGUUUGCUGGCCAACGUGGCAAAGACUAUUUAUCUGACCUCUAUCGUUACGAUGUAGACCAAGAUAUGGUUACAGAAAUAGCUCAAGACUAUACCAAAGAUGCUGGACCCGAUGCUGGUUUUAAUCAGCGUGCAACAAUUGAUGCUGCAUUAGAAGAACUCUAUGUUCUAUCAGGCUAUAAGCGCAACACAAACUCAGAUGUUGUCAAGAAUGCAUUAGGUUUUUCUAUCAAACAAAAUGAGUGGCAUAAAAUAUAUCAGAAUGAAAACAAAAAGACAAGUUUAUUAGAGCCAUGCCCUCGUUAUGCUCAUCAAAUGGUGUAUGAUGCCGUGCAUCGAGUCCAGUACAUAUUUGGUGGCAAUCCUGGUGAUAAUUCAAAUCCAAGUAAACGAUUGAAUGAUUUCUGGGAACUCAGAUUGGUCAAGCCUGAUCCUUCUUCUAUCUUGAGACGGUGUUUCUAUAUGAUUCGUAUGCAGAAACUGAAAGAACUUUGUAAUCAAAUAGCUUGUAUGCAAAAGACACAAGAAGCCAAUGUCAACCUGGAAACAUUAAGUGUUCUAAAAUAUCUUAGAAAUCAAGUAGCACCCGUAGUAGAUUAUGAAAAUGAAAAGGAAUCAAAAGAAUUUCAUCAAAUGUGUGCCAACCUUUGUCUGUUGGAAACAAUGAUGGAUGAAGAUGAAGAAAAGGAUGUCUUUGCUUCAAACAUUGUAGAAACUGAAGACAUCUUGUUUUCAGAAAGAACAAGACUGUUUGAAAAAUUAUUAGAGUACAUUCCUCAAGAGAUGAAAGAGCCUUUAGGGAAAUUAACAAAUGCUGUAAAACUGAUAUGAGAAUAAAGCAACCACCU